AUGACGUGCGUAGGUAAUGCUGAGUCAUCGAGCCUAAAUUUUUGGUGCCUCAUCCGGCAACACGAACAACAAGGCGUGCCGAUGCCAAAGGACAAGAGGGUGCGCGACGGGGUGAGCGCGGGCAGAGACGAAAAUGCGGAGGUUUUCGCAAAAACAGUCGAAAUUUCACGAGAUGCACUCGUUGAUCCGCUACUAUGUUUUUGCCAGGUCACCGAAAGGGAGGGUGUUGCGGUGCAAUGUCUCUACGACAGCACCCCCGAGCAUCUGGGAAAAGCCGCCAUGUUGGUGGAAAAGGCAAAUCAGACGAUUACCCAAAUCAGCAUUCGGCAUAUGUCGAUCCCCAACGGUCAGCUAGGAGAGGGAUAUUUUGCAAAGAUCGCCCCAGAGCUGCAGAGCUUGGAAAUACGGGAAUGUCCUGAAAAGUUAACGAUCGAUCCGAAAGCGCUCAGCGGUCUUGAACAGAAAAUUCUCAAUUUCACCGUGUCAGGAUGUCGAUUGGAAUUUAUCCCCGAAGCCGUUCGACCGCUAGAAAAUGUAGAAAUUCUUGACCUGUCUGACAACAAGAUUUACAACAUCAGCAAGGAGGACCUCGCAAAGAAGGCGCAUCUACGAUAUUUGGAUCUUUCUGCCAAUUUCAUAAACUAUGCCGAGGAAGAUGCCUUUGCGGGACUGGAGUCGUUGGAAGAACUGUUGCUCUGUGAGCACAAUUUCAUGAAUGAGACCGUUUGGGAAGAGGUGGAAAAGCUGAAGAAGCUAAAGAGCCUGGAUCUGUCAAGAGCCGAUGGCAUAUUUACCGUACCUACCGAUCAUCUUGCUAAACUACCGAAUCUCGAAACACUAAAAUUGAGCGGAUGCAGCAUCGAGACAAUCGAGGCCGGCUCCUUCAACGUCGCCCCAAAAUUAGAGCAACUAGAUCUACGCGUCAACUUGAUCGAAAAUGUUUCCGCUUUUGCCUUUGACGGCCUCACGAAUUUGAAGCGACUUUCAUUGGCAGGCAAUUACAUCAAAACAAUUGAGGCCGUUACGUUCGAUGGGCUCGACUCGUUGGAAGAGCUUGAUCUCGGUUGGAAUGAACUUAAGCAGUUUCCAAACGAUACAUUUAAUCCGGUCGCUAAAAGCCUAGUGAAGUUGAACCUUCGUCAUAACAGGCUAAACGAUGUCUCCAAUAUCACUGGACUACGCAAUCUGCGCGAAAUCAACCUCAGCGAAUCGGAAUAUCUACUCGAGCUGCCAGAAGCCGUGUUCCGGGACCUCCCAUCCUUAGAGAUCCUUGACAUAUCCCGCGGCAACUUAACCCGCCUCAACCCGAAAGCUUUCUCGGAUGGAGGAAAGAAACUAAAGACCCUGAAGCUGGAAAAAUCCCAACUCAGCACGAUUGAUGCCGGGAUUCUCGAAUCCUUGCCUUCCUUAGAAUUCCUGGAUAUUUCUGGAAACCCCUACAGAUGCGAUCUAGAACUAGGAAAAUUCGUAAGCGCCACAAAAGACCGGUAUAAGAACUCGGCGAAAAUGGGCAUGGAUUUCUUGCUGAAUGAGCAGAAUAAUACGAAAUGCGAUCGACCCUAUUCCCUACGGCGGUCAUUACUGUUCGAGCUUGAGCCAGAUAGCUUCAAGCCCUAUGGCGCGGCAAUGGAUACAACGACUGGUCAACCCACUACUACAACCGAAAUGGACGUCACCGAGCCGGAGACAUCGUCAAAAUUCGUUUUGCCUGAUAUUCUCGUCGGGGGCGAAAGCAACGAAACUUUGUUUAAAGAAGACGCCCCAAGGCCUGCGUACGAUGUCACAAAAACCGACGACGUCCACCUAGACACAUUGAGGCGAAAAGACGACGCAGAAUGGCUAGGGAUUACGCUGGCGUUGGUCGGCAUCUCCCUAGUGACGAUAAUCACAUUAAUUGCUGUCCUCAUAUACAUGAAGAAAAAGCGGGCCGCCAGAGACCCAAACUCCGGGCCCAAAAAGAAGCCCGUCGACGACGGAAUGGUCGAGAUUGAGCUGAACAGUCAACGGGGCAGCCAGAGGAGAACAGGACCUAGAAGGCCAGACGCCAGGCAUAGC